AUCUAUCUAUUUAUUCAUCAUGGCAACCGGGCAACUAUUCUCCCGAACUACACAAGCAUUGUUUUACAACUACAAGCAACUGCCCAUCCAGCGGAUGCUUGAUUUCGACUUUCUUUGUGGAAGGGAAACACCAUCAGUAGCUGGAAUAAUUAAUCCUGGCUCUGAGGGAUUUCAGAAGCUCUUUUUUGGUCAGGAAGAAAUUGCAAUCCCAGUUCAUGCUAGCAUUGAAGCAGCUUGUGCUGCACAUCCUACUGCCGAUGUCUUCAUCAAUUUUGCAUCAUUUAGAAGUGCUGCCGCAUCGUCCAUGUCUGCUUUGAAGCAACCAACAGUUAGAGUUGUUGCUAUAAUUGCUGAAGGAGUACCCGAAUCAGACACUAAGCAGUUGAUUGCGUAUGCCAGGGCAAACAAUAAGGUUGUUAUUGGUCCAGCCACUGUCGGAGGCAUUCAAGCCGGUGCAUUUAAGAUUGGUGACACAGCUGGAACAAUUGACAAUAUAAUUCACUGCAAGCUCUACAGGCCCGGAUCUGUUGGAUUUGUUUCUAAAUCUGGUGGAAUGUCCAACGAAUUAUACAACACUAUUGCCCGUGUAUCUGAUGGAAUUUAUGAAGGCAUUGCCAUUGGAGGAGAUGUUUUCCCUGGUUCCACUCUUUCUGAUCAUGUUUUGCGGUUUAACAAUAUACCACAGGUUAAAAUGAUAGUAGUACUUGGGGAGCUUGGUGGCCGAGAUGAGUAUUCCCUAGUUGAAGCCCUAAAACAAGGAAAAGUAACAAAACCAGUUGUUGCCUGGGUUAGUGGAACCUGUGCAAGACUCUUCAAAUCUGAAGUGCAAUUUGGUCAUGCUGGAGCUAAGAGUGGUGGUGAGAUGGAGUCUGCCCAAGCAAAAAAUCAGGCACUACAGGAUGCUGGAGCUGUUGUUCCCACUUCGUAUGAAGCUUUGGAAGCUGCAAUUAAAGAGACAUUUGAUAAAUUGGUUGAAGAAGGAAAGAUCACGCCAGUGAAGGAGAUUACUCCUCCACCAAUCCCUGAGGACCUAAACUCUGCAAUCAAGAGUGGAAAAGUCCGAGCUCCUACUCAUAUCAUUUCCACCAUUUCUGAUGACAGAGGUGAGGAGCCAUGCUAUGCUGGUGUACCCAUGUCUUCCAUUAUCGAAAAAGGUUUUGGUGUGGGUGAUGUUAUCUCUCUUUUGUGGUUUAAACGCAGCCUUCCACGUUACUGUACUCAAUUUAUUGAGAUCUGCAUCAUGCUAUGUGCCGACCAUGGUCCCUGUGUCUCAGGUGCUCACAAUACUAUUGUGACAGCAAGGGCUGGAAAGGACCUAGUUUCCAGUCUUGUAUCAGGUUUGCUUACAAUUGGUCCUCGAUUUGGAGGUGCCAUUGAUGAUGCUGCUCGCUACUUCAAGGAUGCUCAUGAUAGGGGCCUUACACCUUAUGAAUUUGUAGAAAAUAUGAAGAAGAAGGGCAUUCGUGUGCCAGGAAUAGGGCACAGGAUCAAGAAUCGUGACAACAAGGAUAAGAGAGUUGAACUGCUACAGAAGUUUGCACGGACUCAUUUUCCUUCCGUGAAAUACAUGGAAUAUGCUGUUCAAGUUGAAGCCUACACCCUUACAAAGGCAAAUAAUCUAGUUCUUAAUGUAGACGGUGCGAUUGGGUCCCUUUUCUUAGAUCUUCUUGCUGGUAGUGGAAUGUUCACCAAGCAAGAGAUUGAUGAAAUUGUGGAGAUCGGUUAUCUGAAUGGUCUCUUUGUGCUGGCACGCUCCAUCGGUCUGAUUGGGCACACCUUUGACCAAAAGAGAUUGAAGCAGCCGCUCUACCGCCACCCAUGGGAGGAUGUUCUCUACACAAAGUGAGUGUGUUUUUUAUUGCUUAGCUGGAAGAACUUUGCCAUGAGGAAGGAAUUUGGGUCUGAAUUAUAUGCUGGAGUGAAUCUUUCUUUUAUAGCUGUUAGACUAGUGAGUGUUGUACGAUCUAUUAUUGGUGGCAUUUCGUCUUCCAUUCUUAAAGUAGUAUUAAAAAUUCAUAAAGCAAGAACGAACUCAAUUCAAUUUAUAAUCAAUUUUAAGAAUUUCUCUUGAUGAAUCUGAUCUCUCUUCUGCUGUGGCUUCAAAAGGAAUUGAUCAUUAAGUUCCG